AUGGGUGAACACAGCAGGGCAAGUAGCAACAAGAUCAGAGACAUUGUGAGGCUGCAGCAGCUCCUCAAGAAGUGGAAGCGGCUCGCGCUUGCACCGAAAGCCGGCAAGCACGGUGGCAGCUGUGCUGCUGCUGGCGUCCCGAAGGGCUUCUUCGCUGUGUGCGUCGGGGAGGAGAUGAAGAGGUACGUGAUCCCCACGGAGUACCUUGGGCACUGGGCAUUCGAGGAGCUGCUCAGGGAGGCAGAGGAGGAGUUUGGGUUCCGGCACGAGGGUGCCCUGAGGAUCCCCUGCGAUGUCGAGGUGUUUGAGGGCAUCCUGAGGCUGGUGGGAAGGAAGGAGGAUGCCGCGUGCUACUGUUCUUCAGAGCGUGAGCUCUUGUGCAUAUGA